AUGAAUCGUGAUACUGCAACAAAAGAUAGUGUUAUUGGAGGGUUUACAGUUAUAAAUGAGAAAACAAAAUCAAAAGUACAAAAUGUCCAAGAAGUUCUCCCCUUUUGGAUUACAAAGCCUGAACUUUUCUCAUCUGAUCUUAAACAAUCUCUUUCUGUCAAUGAAGUAGCUAAGCUUGGUCAGUUUUUACGGCUGCGACUAAGUGAAAUUGGUAUCACUCAUUUCUUUCCUGUUCAGUCUGCUGUAAUCCCUUACAUGUUAGAUUGUUAUGUCACAUCUAAACAUCGGCCAUUAUGUCGACCAAGAGACAUAUGUAUAUGCGCACCGACAGGAAGUGGGAAAACACUAGCCUAUGCUGUGCCAAUCAUCCAACUAUUUCUUAAUAGGGUUCAUAAAUUUAUUCGAGCUUUGGUCAUUGUUCCAGUCAGAGACUUAGCUGUUCAAGUGUACAAAACUUUCAGUCAGUUGGUUAAUGGAACAGAUAUUCAGGUUGGAGUUCUUGCUGGUAUCAAAAGUUUUAGCAAAGAACAAGAAGAUAUCAUAAACCUUACGGAUGAAAGUUACUCUGCCAAAGUUGAUAUUAUAAUAGCUACACCUGGACGUUUAGUAGACCAUUUGUACAAUACUCCUGGUUUCAGUAUGGAACGCUUGAGAAUCCUGGUAAUCGAUGAAGCCGAUCGAGUGAUAGUGGAAGAAAAACAAAACUGGUACCAUACUUUGGAGGAUGUAUUGUACUAUUACACAUCUUCAAUCAGUCAGAAUAGUUGGUCCAAUGUCUCUGUACGCAAACGUUCAAGACCUAUACCAACUGUUGGUUAUCAUUACGAUAGGAGUGUUGAUAUUACUUUGCAAAAGAUACUUGUUUCUGCUACACUGACUCAUGAUCCAGAACCAUUAAAACAGUUUAACUUACACUUUCCUAUUUUAUUCACUUCAAAUCGAAUACACAACAACAAAAACACUCUUGAUACAGUUUUAAAUGAUCACGAGAACGCAGAAACUAAUUCGUCCGAAAUAAAAAAGCAAGUGAAAAAUGAUGAAAAUAGAGAAAUCUCUAAUGUUAUUUCACAGUUAAAAUCAAGUGAAAAUCAUACGACUACAGGUGUUGGUCAGUUUUUAAUCCCUGAAAGUUUAGAGGAAUUUCUUGUAACUGCAAAACCGGAUAUCCGUGUAUUGUUUCUUGUGUAUUUGGUGCGUCAAAAACACAAAAAACGUAUCUUAUGCUUUGCAAAUACAGUAGAUUGUGCUAAACGCUUAAAUAUGCUCUUGGCUAGCUUUCAAGGUAUAAAGAGUAAAUUCUUGUCAAGUCAUUUACAUCCGGAUAAACGUCAAAGAAUAUUAAAUCUAUUCAGUGUUGGAUUGUGUCAAAUUCUAGUUUGCACAGAUUCUAUGGCUCGCGGCAUAGAUAUUAAUGAUGUGGAAUGUGUCGUAUCUUAUGAUGUACCACCUAGUAUCAAAAUCUACAUUCAUCGAAUUGGGCGUACAGCUAGAGCUGGUAAGAAAGGAACUGCAUACAGUUUAUUGUCAACUAACCAGUUCUAUCACUUUAAGAAAGAUCUCAAGCGUGCUGGUAGAAAAAAAAUUAAACAAUUACAAUUUCAUCAAAGUAAAUGGUCACAUUUCAAUACAGAGUAUCAGGUUGCAUUAAGGAACUAUGAAAUGAACAUGAAGAUUUCAGAGAAAAAAUGCCCCAAUGAUCUUUCAAAACAAGUGAAUAAUAACAAAAAUGUUUCGGAAGAAUCAAUGCAAAACAUUAAGAAGCCGAAGAGUAAACGUAAAAAAAGUACAAAUGAAAUGCUGAGUUGA